GAACAGAAUGAGUGGAAGCAGCAAUUGGUAUUAGAAGACAAUACAGAAAUAAUCAAAUUAAAGAGAGCCAUAAACGAUAAAGACUAUUCUAAUGGACAGUUUCAUUUUGGUGGUAUGGAUAUAUCAUUUGUUAAGGGCGAUGCUGUGAAGGCAUGUGCUGCAUUGGUAGUUCUUAGUUUUCCUGAUUUAAAGGUAGUGUAUGAAGAUUAUGAAAUGGUUGAAUUAACAGAGCCUUAUAUUCCUGGUUUCCUGGCAUUCCGUGAAGCUGGUUUCCUUAUUGAUUUAUAUAAUAAACUUGUUUCAUUUCAUCCACAAUUUACACCAGAUGUGAUAUUUUUAGAUGGAAAUGGAAUUCUUCAUCCAAGAGAAUUUGGUUUAGCGAGUCAUGUUGGAGUUUUAAUGCAUACACCAUGUAUAGGUGUUGCUAAAAAUUUAAUACAUAUUGAUGGUGUAGAAAAUGAUGAAUUUAAAGCUUUAAAAAGAACUUUAAAGAAAGGUGGAGACACAAUGCCAAUUAAAAAUAGUUCAGGAAAGACACUGGGAAUGGCAUUAAGAAGUUUAGACAGUACAACCAAUCCAAUCUAUAUAUCAAGUGGACAUUUAGUAUGUUUAGAAACAGCUGUAUUGUUAGUGCAAGCUUGUUGUAAAUAUAGAAUACCAGAACCAGUUCGACAGGCUGAUUUAAAUUCAAGAGAAUUUUUAAGAAAAGCUGGUUUUAUGUAG